AUGUGCAUCCGAGAUGCAGACGGAGAAGACAACGGCAUCCACUCAUGCGUCGUGGAUUGCCCCUUAUGCUGGAUCUUCAUGAGCACCGAGAACAAGCGCAAGCUCGUUGCGGGAGACAAAAUCCAGCUUGGAACAGCAUAUGACCUGAUGCUCGCAGCUCAAGAAGGAUGUUGCUUUGCCUCACUUUGGCUUCAGAGGCUUUUGUACACUCCGCAUGGCCCUCAAUACUCCGAAAAGUCCAGAAUCUCGGCAUUUGUGGCCCAAUCGGGCAGGUCUCUUCCGAUGGAUAUCCGGGCCAUCACGUUUGCUAUACAGGAUGCAGACGGUAUGAUUAACCAGCUAGGAGAUGGAAGCGUUGAGACGGUGUAUCACGGGCAUGAAGACACUUUUGGUGUUUUUGCUUUCGAGGGAAGCUUGACAGGAGAAUUCAUCAAGCAAAGAUUCGCUCAGCCAGUUGUGACUCAGCCAAAGGCAUAUGAAACGGCUCGAGGAUGGAUCGCCGAGUGCCUGUUUAAACACGAGAACUGCCCUAAGCCGGAAUUCUCUCCCUUGCCUACUCGGGUCCUAGAAGUGUUGACAGUCAAUGGUGAGAACAAGGUGAAAUUGGUUGUCAGCGAUGGGCUUUGUGCCCAAUAUGCGGCACUUAGUUAUUGCUGGGGUCGAACACGCCAGUUGGUGACCACAAGAGAGCGGCUUCCAUCGUUCAUCAAUGAAGGGAUAGAAAUCUCGAAUCUCCCCAAGACUUUGCAAGAUGCCAUCACUGUGACUAGGAAACUUGGGAUUCGGUACUUGUGGAUCGACUCAUUAUGCAUCGUACAAGACUCAGACGACGACAAAGCAGUCGAGUUAUCUGAGAUGCCUCGGAUUUACAAGAGUGCAAUUGUGACCAUAUCGGCAGCACUGGCCAAGGACUGCGAUGAUGGGUUUCUAGAGGAUAGGAGUGAGGUGCAAGCAAUUCUAAACAGUGUGUUCGCACUCGAAUACCUCCUUCUUGAGGAAAAUCAUCCCGAAGCAGAUCAUCUACAAGAUGUGUCUAAAGAUGACACAGAUACAAUAUUCGUAUGUGCUGAUUCUGAUUGUGGCUUCGCAAUCAAGGACUUUGAGGAGGAGCCUAUCAAUACAAGAGCCUGGACAUUACAAGAAUCUUGGCUAGCCCCCCGUUUGCUUAUUUAUGGAUCAGGACCUCUUCAGUGGCAGUGUCUUAGCAAAUCUGCUUCUUUUGGUGGCAGUCCACCCUACGGAAAUGAUAAAGGCUUCCUGCCUGUGGAGAAUCGACGAAAGUUCUUCGCGCAACGAAAUCCAGCUCCUCCUACCCUGAUAACGGAGAACGCCGAAUAUUCUAGCAUGACCAUGGAUGAGAUUGAAAGAGUCCUGGAUGAAGUUAGAGGCAGGGUUAACCAAUACCUUGGUCGGACCGACCCUAGAGAGGAAUUAUUAAAUGAGUGGAGAGAACUCGUCAAGGAGUACACUAGGCGAGCAAUGACAAAUCCUGGAGACAAGUUACCUGCCAUUUCUGGAAUUGCAGCUGAGUUCGCGCGGCUCUCUGGUGACGAGUAUCAUGCGGGCUUGUGGAAGACUUCGCUUCCGUAUAGUCUUCUCUGGCAUCAGCUUUCAAGGCCCUCACCUGGGAGCAAAGAGAUGAUAGGCUAUCGGGCUCCAUCUUGGUCAUGGGCUUCAAUUGAUGGCGCAAUUAGUAUGAAGAGCCCAAAGACUUUUAUUGGCAAAACAGAGGUUAUUGUUGAAUCUAUCGAAACUACUCCACUAACACUACUAGCGCCUCUGGCAAAGGUAGUAUCUAGUAGACUAACUCUGACGGGACCAGUUCGUCGGAUGUCAUGGGGGAAGGUGCAAGAGAGAUUUGUGAUUGUCGACUUAGAUCAGAGUGCGCAUUUGUACUGGGACUACAUAAUACCAGACAAUGGCUUGCUGAAUCCACGAUUUUUGAACCCUUCCAAGAACAGCCAGUAUGCUCAAGCAGGAGAGACCGUCAGUGUUUCAGUAUUCCCUCCAGCCUUCAUCACUCCAAUCCCCAGAUCUGUAAGGCUAGUACCUAGUGUAUCGACCCCGGAAGGCACAUCCGUAGCUGAGAAUGGCGCAUAUAUCUUCCUAGAGAUUACUCGAGCCCCAGAGCCUACUGGUAUUGUGUUAGAAGAGCUUCCAGGGGAGGGUUAUAAGAGGAUUGGAUAUUUCCUUAUGGGCAGGAGAGCGACGAGUCAGGAUGAGCAGAAGGAUGGAUUUUGGAGCGCUGGGGACAGAGAUUGGGACUGGGAUGAAGGGUUGAAGAUGCGCACUUUGACCAUUGUGUAG